GUAUCGUGGUGUUACUUCAGUGUCGCUAGGGGGCGAUAAUGAUCCUGGAAGUCAAACGUUCACAACAAAGCGAUGAAAUGAGCUUCCGGUCGUUUCAACAUGGCGACGCCUGUGGAGGAAAACGUGAACGAUGCACAGUCUGAAAAAAAAUCUAAAAAGACAAAAAACCAAGGAGAUGAAUCGGAGCUACUGACCGUUCCUGAGGGAUGGAAAGAACCUACAUUCUUAAGAGAAGACAACCCCAGAGGUUUUCUAGAAGAGAGCAGUUUCGCCACAUUGUUUCCCAAGUACAGGGAAGCAUACUUAAAGGAAUGCUGGGCCCUUGUACAGAAAGCCCUCGGAGAAGUAUUUAUUAAUGCCAACCUGGAUUUGAUCGAAGGAAGUAUGACUGUCAACACCACAAAGAAGACAUUUGACCCAUAUGUCAUAUUGAGGGCGAGAGAUCUUAUAAAGUUAUUGGCACGAAGUGUGCCUUUCGAACAAGCGGUCCGGAUACUGCAAGAUGACGUGGCUUGCGACAUCAUAAAGAUUGGCACAUUGGUGCGGAAUAGAGAACGCUUUGUUAAAAGAAGACAAAGGCUGAUUGGACCAAAGGGAUCUACACUAAAGGCACUGGAGCUGCUCACAAACUGCUAUGUGAUGGUGCAGGGCAACACAGUAUCUGCCCUGGGACCUCACAGUGGCCUCAAAGAGGUGCGGAAAGUGGUGAUGGAAACAAUGAAGAAUAUUCACCCCAUUUACAAUAUUAAGACACUGAUGAUCAAGCGCGAGCUGUCCAGCGACCCCGAGCUGCGCACCCAGAGCUGGGAGCGCUUCCUGCCCAAGUUCAGGCACAAGAGCCUGGCCAAGCGCAAGCAGCCCAAGAAGAAGACGGUGAAGAGGGAGUACACACCCUUCCCUCCGCCGCAGCCUGACAGCAAGAUUGACCAACAGCUGGCGACAGGAGAAUACUUCCUACAAGAGAGUGAUAAGAGGAGAAAGAAGAUGAAUGAGAUAAAGGUGAAACAAGCUGAGGCAUUGACUAAGAGACAGGAAGAACGGAACAAAGAUUUCAUCCCACCCAAAGAGAAGCCUGCUGUAAAGAAGGCCAAGAAAGACACGACAGAAUCUACGAUUGACAUUCAGGCCAUCAAAGACAAAGUGAAAAAAGCAAAGACCAAGAGGCUAGGUGCACCCCCUGUCAACCCCACCCCCUCAGUUGAAAAGAAGAAGAAAAACAAGAGAUAAGCUUCCCCCAACCAUUUGGACCAUUGCUUUCAGGAGCUUUUGUAGAUGGACAAGGACCAUUAAGCUGUCAACUAUGGUUGCACUGUGCAACUUUAUUGGAAAAACAGAAAAAAGAGCAGAAUAAUGGAAUAAUAAUUUUUUUUUUAUAUAACCUGUUUUCUUUGGAAUUAAAACUUGUAAAUAUGCAGUCCUGUUCAGCUGUUUCUGUCAUUGCCAGGGGUGGAACAUACUGAAUAGGUUUACUUUGACUUCUACAAGCUGCUUUCCCCUACUUCUUAUUAAAGUUAUUCUAGAUGUUCAAAAGA